AUGAAUUUUAAGGAUGCCUCAGCCAUAAAAAGAGAGUCGGAGGACUCUGUGAAUAGCAAGGAGAAAUCGGAGGAGAAUCCGAAGAACCAAGCAUAUCAGCUGCCGGAAAAGUUCCUUAUUAUUGAUUGUUCUGGUUUUGUGUACAUUGACAUGAUGGGUGUGACCUGCUUGAAAGAAGUCUACAUGGAUCUGCAAAAGAAGUCGAUACGUGUGUUGUUUGCUGCUGCCAAAGCUCCUUUACGCGAGUUGUUUGAUGUGAGCGGUUUCUAUGACACAGUGAGCAAAGCUAACUUCUAUCCUACUAUUCAUGACGCCAUGUUCUUUGCACGGUAUAAACGACUCUUGAUUUGCCAAUACGUAUACGUGUGUUACCACUGA